AUGGGCAACACAGAGAGUUUACAAACAAGACAACCUGGAGUGGUGCUACAUACAAACAUGGAGAAGAAUGGCGAUGAAGAAACAGAUGUAACAAUGAUGGCGUCGCACAUCUCAACAAAACAGAGCACAAUAUUAUUAGCUACAGCACUGGUACAAGUGACUACUGAUGACAAUUAUGAGGUGACUCUGCGUGCCUUGAUUGACCAAGGCUCGCAAGCAAGCUUCAUAAGCGAAUCAGCAGCACAACUACUGAAAGUCAAGCGGUAUCCAAUGAAAGGACUGCCAGGAUCUCCAUGUGCAUAUAGAACAAAAUUCAUUGGCAAGAUAGAAGAUAAAACGGAACCAGAUUCUAUGCUCGUCAUGCAUCACAAUAUAGACCUAGAAGACUUCUUAAAAACACUAUGGGAAAUAGAUCAAGUUCAAGAGCGAAAAUAUACAAAAGAAGAACAAAAAUGCGAGAAGUUUUAUGAAGAAACGUACCAAAGAGAUAGCAAUGGAAGAUACAUAGUUAGAUUACCAUUUGUUACAAGACAACCAGCAUCGCCGAAUGGAAAUUUCUAUGAAGCGUUUGAUCCAACAAGAGAGAAGAUUACAACAAACACCAGAGCUUAG